AUGGCCGGCGUCGGCGACGCGGCCGCCCCUGGGGAAGGCGGAGGUGGCGGCGGCGCGGACGGUCCGGAGCGGGGUGGCCGAGGCGAGGCGGAGCAGCCGGCCGGCGGUCACGGCCCCGCGCCAGCCCCUCAGCACACCGAGACGCUGGGCUUCUACGAGAGCGACCGGCGGCGGGAGAGACGCCGCGGCCGCACAGAACUUUCAUUGUUGAGGUUCCUCAGUGCUGAACUAACAAGAGGGUACUUCCUUGAACAUAAUGAGGCCAAGUAUACAGAACGAAGAGAAAGAGUGUACACUUGUAUGCGAAUACCAAGAGAAUUGGAAAAGCUCAUGUUUUUUGGAAUCUUCCUGUGCCUGGAUGCAUUUCUGUAUGUGUUCACCCUGCUCCCUGUAAGAGUGUUCCUGGCACUGUUCAGGCUCUUCACUCUGCCUUGCUAUGGCUUAAGGGACAGGCGUUUACUUCAGCCUGCCCAGGUAUGUGACAUUUUGAAGGGCGUCAUUUUGGUGAUCUGCUAUUUCAUGAUGCACUAUGUUGACUACUCCAUGAUGUACCACCUGAUAAGGGGGCAGUCUGUCAUCAAGCUCUAUAUCAUCUACAACAUGCUGGAGGUAGCUGAUCGCCUGUUUUCUUCAUUUGGACAAGAUAUAUUGGAUGCUCUCUAUUGGACAGCAACAGAACCUAAAGAAAGAAAACGAGCUCACAUUGGAGUGAUUCCUCACUUUCUCAUGGCUGUGCUCUAUGUCUUUCUGCAUGCAAUUCUCAUAAUGGUUCAAGCAACAACUCUCAAUGUAGCUUUCAACUCACACAACAAGUCACUGCUUACUAUUAUGAUGUCCAAUAAUUUUGUUGAAAUUAAAGGCAGUGUUUUCAAGAAGUUUGAAAAGAACAAUCUAUUUCAAAUGUCAAAUAGUGAUAUUAAGGAACGCUUCACAAAUUAUGUGCUUUUGCUAAUAGUGUGUUUAAGAAACAUGGAACAGUUUUCUUGGAAUCCAGAUCAUCUCUGGGUAUUGUUUCCAGAUGUCUGCAUGGUGAUCGCAUCAGAAAUUGCUGUGGAUAUUGUCAAGCAUGCCUUUAUUACCAAGUUCAAUGAUAUUACUGCAGAUGUCUACAGUGAAUAUAGAGCCAGCCUUGCUUUUGACCUUGUUAGCAGCCGACAGAAAAACGCAUAUACUGACUACAGUGACUCGGUGGCACGGAGGAUGGGAUUUAUUCCUCUCCCACUAGCAGUUUUACUCAUCAGAGUUGUAACAAGCUCAAUUAAAGUGCAAGGAAUCCUGUCUUAUGCCUGUGUUGUACUCUUCUAUUUUGGUUUGAUAUCCCUGAAAAUACUCAAUAGUAUUGUGCUGUUGGGAAAAUCAUGCCAAUAUGUGAAGGAAGCCAAAAUGGAAGAAAAGCUAUUUAAUCCUCCCCCUGCCGGCACUCCAGGAAAAGCAUCUAAUAAAUCCCAGAGCAAGUGCAAGUCCUCUCAAGGUCUUUCCACAGAAGAAAACCUGUCUGCUUCAGUCAUCAGCCAGCCUGUUCAUCAAAAGGAAAAUGUCAUACCCUUACUUGUGACCAGCAAUUCUGAUCAGUUUCUGACAACUCCAGAUGGUGAUGAAAAAGACAUAACACAGGAACAUUCUGAACUAAAACACAGAUCCUCAAAGAAAGAUUUGUUAGAGAUAGACAGGUUCACAAUUUGUGGAAACCGAAUUGACUGAAUUCUGUGGUGCAUGAGGUGAAGAUGCCGGGCCCUAGUGCACCAAAUACUGUGCCACUGGGACAGACAUGCUAAAAAUGGCACUUAAAUAUUUAUUUAAAAACUUAAAUUAUUAAUGGCAAGCAAAUCUUAGUAUCUUUCUUCCAGUAAUGUGAUCUGGUAGGAGAUCAGAUCACAGAACAGCAACCACCGGCCAUGACUCUGGGAGCCUCAAUGGAUGACAACAAGCACUUCCUCCUGCUUGGCCAGGGCACAGUAUCGUUUCCAGACCCAGCCUAAGCAGAUCAAGAGUUCUUUGUUUUUGUCAGCCCUGUCCUCCAGAAUGUUGAAUAUUGCCUCAAGGUCUCUCCAGUCUAAGGACAGACCUGGGAAACUGUGAAGCUUUCAUCAUGAGUUCCCUUUCUCGUCUCAUACUAUCGUCACAAACUUUUCAAACUACUUCAUCUGCCAAAGCAUUUAAUAAAAAUUAUUCAAUAUAAUUCAGGAUAAAUGUUGUUGCGACCAGAGUAAUCCCUAAAGAUACAUCUGAAUUAAUCAGUGUAAAGGCUUCCUCAAAGCAGCCACGAUGAAGAGCAACAGUCUAUAGAAAGAAAGCCCUAAGCCAGGUCACUUACUUGAGAAAAAACGUGAAUGAAGGCAAUGCAUCACUGAGAAAUGUUUCAUAAUUCUUCAAUUUACUCUCUACAAUAAAAUGUGAGCUGUGUGUUAUUUUACUUGCAGUGAUAAAACAGAAAUUUCCUUACCAAAAGGCAUUUUUUACUGAAAAAGUAGAGCAUCGUUAACUGUAAGGUAUAAUUAACUGGUUUGUUUUAAAACUAAUAGCUUCAUCAAUUAUUGCAGCUUAAAGGAUGUGGUAUUGAACAGGCUAAAUAUUAUUGGUGCAGCAUCCUGCUAGUUAUUGAAUGCAUAUGUCCUUCAGUGGUGCCUGGGGGUCUGGGCUCUGGGCAAGGUGAUGGUAUAGCUGUUAGAAGAUGCUCUCAUGUGUUUUGGACACCUGUCUGGACCAGGGGAGACAUUUGAGUGCAGAUAUUGGGAACAGCUUCCAGAAGGUGCUUUUUGUUUUUUUGUUUGAGAUUCCAUUUCUGCUUAGUUACUAGUUGGUGGCCUGCAUCAUAAUAUAAGUUAUUUCUAUCCCAUUUCAUCUUGAGAAUGUUUUCUGUAUUUCUAUAAAAAUUGAACAAUUCUGAUUUCAGAACUGUCCAGAAGUUGGUACCAUUAAUUUUAUUUCCCUUGAGUUGUGAAAAUGAGCUCUCAUGCAAAUAUUUCAAGUAUAUUUAUAUGAAGGCAAUUUUUAGGGAUUUGUCUAUUUCCUGGGUAAAAUGUAAAAGAAGCUGUCAUGCUUUGGCUUGUUCAUGCAGGAUACAGCACUCAUUUCUAAUGUUUUGCACUAGUGAAAAAAAUCUGAAAAUUGAUGUUGAAGAUAUUUUACAGAUAUGCCUUGUGAAAGCAGAAUGUAUUUUUAAUUAAAAAUGAACAUUUUAAUUGUUUUGUGUAUGCUUCUGUGGUCCCAUUUUAAAACUAUCCCCUUCUUCAUCAUCUUUUCACCAACAAAAGAACAGCAUUAAUGGUGGUGAGUAGUAGUUGGAGGAAGCAUUGCCAAAAGGCCCUGAGCAGAGCAAGAACCUGGUUUGGGUCACCUUAAAUUUUCUGUUUCUCUGUUGUUGUUUCAGAAGGUUUUCAUUUCCUAUGCAGGCACUGUUGGGAGUGUGGGAUGAUACUCAUUUCCUGUCAUAAUGGCAUUCAGUACUAAUUUUAUAAGUGCAUCUUGUGUGAAACUCAAUAAAUUGAAUUUUAUAAUCUUU